AUGAUCGGAACGAACAGCAGCUUUCUUUCCCUGUCUGUUGACUUCAACUCCCCAGGAGACUAUUUCCUCUUCAUCUUUCAUGUCACUGCUGGGAUCAGCACCGUCCUGGUAGCAGGUUCUGUGGUCUGCGGUAUCAUUGCCAAUCGGACACUUUUUACCCAACACCGUUUUAUAUUUAUGUUGAACACCAGCAUCUCUGACACUCUGACCGGUUGUGGCAUUUUCUAUCAGUUUCUGUUUGAUGUAAAGGUGGGGUUUAACACUCUGAGCUGGGCUUUUUACAUCAUCCCCACUCUGCUUGGGGUUAAUAUCCUGACCUUUCUAUUCGCGCAGUUUGACCGAUAUUUUGCUGUGUGCCAUCCCUACAUGUACGGUCGCUUCAUCACCACAAAGGUUGUCAUCUGUGUGAACGCCUACAGCUGGGUUCACAUGUAUGGUCAGGGGCUUCUCCAACACCUGUUGCCUAGAUCUAAACUCUCACAUAUGGUCAUUUAUAUCAGAAUGAGUAUAUUUGUCAUAAUCUUUAUCAAAGUAUCUAUGACUGUCAAACUGUUCUUCGUGGCCAGAUACCAGCUGCUCCGUGAGCCUCCAGGCCCGGAGAGAGACAGUAAGAAAGAGUCUUUGCUGGUCAUAAUAGCGGUAGUUUUGUUUUUCCUGCUCUUCUGGUGUCCAAGCAUGCUCUACACGGUUGUUGUCACACUGAUAAGAAAACACGUCUUCUUCAGAAACGAUGCAUAUAACCCUCUGAAAAUCCUAUCCAGGACCAACGCUCUGUGCACUCCUUCUCUGUACCUGUGGGCGAGCCCCUCACUCAGAGCGGCUGUGUGGAAAACUGUGUGGAGUAAAAUCUGCUGCUGCAAAACAAACACACGGUCUAGAAAAGUCGCCAAAAUUUCAAGAAGGAUCUCGCCAUGAGGAUGUGAUUUAUGAUUUAUGGAUGGAAUAUUUAUAAUGAAACACAAUCUCCACCACUGAGACAUCGCAAAGACUCCAAAAUAAACAAUAUAAAAUUACAGGAUCUCCUUUUUAAUAGCUGGAUGCGGAGGCAUUUCCCUCCGUCAUAUGUUAAUGUAUGCUGUUCUUUAAUAACGCAUGUUGGUGAUUUUUUUUUUCUGGAGCUAGUCAGAAGAUCAGCAUUUGUUUUUUUCUAAUGUCCUAUUU